AUGGGUUCCGAAAUCAAGAAAGUCCCUAUCCCCCGCCGCGGGGUCGACUACAGGGGCAAGCUCGUUCUUGCGCCCAUGGUCCGCUCCGGCGAACUCCCCUCUCGCCUCCUGGCGUUGCACUAUGGCGCGGAUUUGGUCUGGGGCCCCGAAACCGUCGACAAAGCCAUGAUUGGCACGACACGCCGAGUAAACCCCGUCACGAACACUAUCGACUGGACCAAAAUCCCCUCCUUCGGCCAGAAAAACCCGCCAAAGACGAUCCCAGAAGCUGUUGUCUUCAGCACGCACCCCGAGAAAGAGGCGGGCAAGCUGAUCUUCCAGAUCGGAACAGCCGACCCGGAGCUCGCGGUACAGGCGGCGAAACUGGUGGCAGCGGACGUCUCCGGCAUUGAUGUCAACGCCGGCUGCCCUAAGCCCUUCAGCAUUAGCGGUGGAAUGGGCGCGGCUCUGCUCAAAACUCCGGAUAAGCUUUGCGCGAUUCUCGAGGCUCUUGUGGCGAACAUCAUGCCUGAAUACGAGAUCGGGAUUAGUGUCAAGAUCCGUCUUCUAUCUACCCCUGAGGAAACAGAGGCUCUCGUCCGCAGGCUUUGCGCCACUGGAAUCACCGGCCUGACAAUACACUGCCGUACCACUCCCAUGCGACCCAGAGAGCGCGCGAUCCGCGAGCAACUCCGCAUGGUCGCCGAAGUGUGCCACGAGGCAGGAGUCGCCUGCAUCAUGAACGGCGACGUCGAGAGCCGAGACCAGGCGGUAGACCUCAUCAAAGAGUACGGAGUCGACGGUGCCAUGAUUGCGACUGCCGCAGAGGCAAACUCCAGCUGUUUCCGAUCAGCGGCAGACGGAGGCAUCGCGAGCUGGGAGGAGGUUGCCGCCACAUACAUCAAGUACGCUCUCGAGGUUGCCAACAAGUUCGGCAACACGAAAUACCUCCUUUGUCAGAUCGUCCCUGGCAAAAGCGGAAUGUACCAGAAGAUGAACCAGUGCAAGACCUACACCCAAAUAUGUCGGGCCAUGGGCUUGGACGACUUGAUGGAGCUUGCCCAGCAAACAGAUUUGGACAAGGGCAUCGACCCGGAGAUGACUGGAAAAGCUGGUAAGAAGGCCAACCCGAGCGCCAUGGCAGCGGGCGGCAAGUUGGGGGAAAGCCGUUCUAACCAGGCAUCUCGGAAGAAGUCUGAGAGAGGCGUAGGGGCCAACCUAUCUCCGGCGAAGAAGCCGCAGGCUGCCGUGCCCCUUCAAACAUGA